AGGAGGCAACACAGAAACUUAAAAAGCUUCCUCGUAUAUUUGCUUCUCUCUCUCCUUUGCUUUCUUCUUUCAUGGCCAAAAUGGAACCAAUUAGCUUCUCUCUGGCCAUCCUUCUUCAAAGAUCUUCUUGAAGCUGCCUUCCUAAUUUCCAAAUUUUCUGAUUCUCCAUCUUCUUCUUCUUCUUCUUUUGUUUCCGUUCCGAUUUUGAAAAUUCUCAUCGAAUCGAGAGAGAAAAAUGGCUCAAUCCUGCCUUAAAAUCGUUCGAAUCAACAAUCUAAGGAGCAGAGUGAACCGUCGGAUUUUGAUUCUCCGUCGAUUCACGCGGCAGCUAUGGAGCAGAAUCGUCGCUUGCGCUCCCGGAAAAUCGCGGAGGUAUCUGUUGCUGUCUCGCGCCACGCCGUCUCCGACUGUCUCUCGUCCUCAACCUCCUCCGAUCCCCGUCGUAGAAGUCGGUGGUGGUGGUGAGUUCGUACGCCACGCACCGGUUUACGACCGCGAUAAUAGCCACCGUAGAUCGGAUUCCGAUCUGGUUUCUCUCAAGAUCAGCCUCUUAGGAGAUCCAGAAAUCGGAAAAACUUGCUUCCUGGCGAAAUAUGUUGGUGAAGAGAAAGAAGUUGAGAUGAGAGAAUUGGAGAAAGGGAUAAACUGUACGGACAAGACUUUAUCCAUGGGAGGUGCUCGCAUUUCCUAUAGUAUCUGGGAAUUAGAAGGAGCUGAGAAAUCACGGGAUCAAAUCCCCAUGGCUUGCAAGGACUCAGUAGCUAUUCUCUUUAUGUUCGAUCUAACCAGUCGUUGCACACUUAACAGUGUGAUUAGCUGGUUUCAACAAGCUAGAAAGUCUAAUCAGACGGCGAUUCCAGUUAUGGUAGGAACCAAGUUUGAUGAGUUUAUUCAGCUUCCUAUUGAUCUGCAAUGGACAAUUGCGAGCCAGGCAAGAGCCUAUGCGAAGGCGUUAAACGCGACACUCUUCUUCUCGAGUGCUUCAUAUAACAUAAACGUGAAUAAGAUCUUCAAGUUUGUGACGGCGAAGCUCUUCGAUUUACCAUGGACGGUGGAGCGUAAUCUCACCAUCGGAGAACCAAUCAUCGACUUCUAGCAUCUUCCAAAACGUAUUUGUAGAUAAUAUUUUAUUAAAAAAGAAGCGAAUCCGAUGAUAGCGUUGUUUUUUUUUUUUUAUUACAUUAACCGCCUGCCCGCCGCCGUGGGACUGAUCGGACCACCGUUUCUAGCCGUCUUUGAAGCGAAAUGGAGAGAUGAGGCGGCGGAGAUUUCGCCCGCUUUCUUCAUUGUUUUCUGUUUCUUUUUAAAAACAAACAAACAAACAAACAAAAAAAGGAAAAACAGAGAAAAAAAUGGUGUGGAGAGAAAUGUAACAGG